AUGCCGCUCGCCGCCGUCGCGCGCGUCGCGCGCGCGCGGCAUCGCGUCGAGCGGUCCACGGACGCGGGCGGGACGAUCUCGAGGCGCUCGAUCCGCCCUCGGCGUCCUCGGCGAGGACGGACCGCGGUCGCGGUGGAAUCAUCGAAGGAUGCUUCAUCGAGCUCGAAAACGUCCCCGGACGAUGCGUCGCGGCGUGACGGCGCGCGAAAGACGUCCUCGGUGUACCCCGAAGACGUCUCGGACGCGUUCGACCGCGCGGUGAGCGAAGAGGGUCGUAGAUCGAUCGUGGAAGUGACGAACGUGGACGAGCUCAGGGAGCGCGCGCGCGCGGAGCGGAAGCAGCUCGCGGCGACGGAGUUGGCGCUCGCCGCGGCGGUGUUGGCGCGGAAACAAGAAUCGUUUGAUUCUAUGGAUGAGUUUUGCUCGUACGGGUACAUCGCGUCGGUGAAGGGGGUGUACAUCGACGUCUCGCGGAACGAGGUGCCGAAGGGGUUCGCGCAGACGGCGUCAGAGAAUUUUGCGAGAGAGAUGCGGGAGAUGGUGGCGUUUAUCGAUCCGGAUUUGGACGAAUCAGACGGACGAACGACGAUGCCGAAAGAGUUGCGAGUGAAGUUGGAGGCGCUGCGAUUGGACUCGGACGCGAUUUGGGAGCGCGAGAAAAACCGUCCAGAGGUGCCCGCGCCUUGGCUGUUAAAGGCGCCCUAUCUCGCGUUGUGCUUCAUGUUGGAUAAACUUUUCGACGAGACGAAACCGGUUCAACGGUUUUGGUUUUUAGAAACCGUGGCGCGGAUGCCGUAUUACAGUUAUACCGCGGCGCUUACGUUUUACGAAAUUCUAGGAUGGUAUCGCGGCGGCGCGGAGCUGCGAAAGAUCCACUUCGCGGAGGAAUGGAACGAGUACCAUCACCUGCUGAUCAUGGAGUCCCUAGGGGGAGACGUGUCGUGGCGCGAUCGCUUCUUGGGUCAGCACGCAGCGCUCGUGUAUUACGGCGUACUGAUUUUGCUUUGGUUUAUGUCGCCUGCGCUGGCGUAUAAUUUUUCAGAAUUGAUCGAAGCGCACGCGGUUGAUACGUACGCCCAGUUCGUCGAUCAGAACGCCGAACUCUUGAAAACCAUGCCCGCACCGAGAAUCGCCGUGGAGUAUUACGAAGGCGCUGAUCUGUACCUAUUUGAUGAGUUUCAAACCGCGCGGGAGGUGCGCACGCGUCGGCCGAGAAUCCGCACCUUGUACGACGUCUUCAGCAACAUCCGAGACGACGAAGGCGAGCACGUGAGCACGAUGAACGCGUGUCAAAAAGAAGAUGCCGCAGUGAGCUCACCCAACUCGGUCAAUGCCAAGACGGCUGCGAUCAGUGCUCUGAUCACCGCUCAAUACGUCUUCACUCGUUUCGCCGAGAUUCGAGGAGGGCUCGGUGGCGAGCUCCUCGACGACCUCCUCGUCGACGACACCAUUCUCGACGAUGCCAACGCUGGCAUCUUAGACGCCAUCCUCCGCGCCGUCGACGCACUCUUCCUGUAA